UCCAUGCAGCCCACACCCCUGACAUAUCGGGCUGCCGCGGGGACAACACAACAUAUUGCACUUCUCCUGCCCUACACUUCUGGAAGCCAUGGGCUGGGCACUGGCACUCACCUACAUCCUAUCCGCUUUCAUAGCAAAAGGUUACUCCCUUUCCUGCAUCCACUGUAUAGGGGCUGAAGGGCCUUCCUGUUCCGGAACUUCACAGCAAUGUUCCUCUAGUGAUGAAGUCUGUCUGUCGUCCUACACCGUGACCGAGAUGGGUGGGAUGGAGGUCUCUAAACUGUUUAUUAGACAAUGUGAAUCGAAGGAGAAGUGCGACAAAGCCGGGACUAUGAGCAUCCCCAAUGGCAAAGUCAAAAUGAGCAACGUGUGUUGUAAGUCCGACAACUGUAAUCCAGGAAUUCCCAAAUUGCCUCUAGAGAAAACCUUGAAGAAUGGCAUCAUGUGUGAAGGCUGCAUUGAUACAAAUAAGAAGUCUUGUCAGUCGGGUCAACCCCUGGAAUGUGUUGGAGAUGAGACGAGGUGCAUUACAUACGUUACCUCCAUGUCAGGUCUCAUAUCCACGUCGAUGGCGGCACGUGGCUGUGCAACAAAAGAUUUCUGUGAGAUUGGGGAACAGGAGAUGGGAAACGAUUUGGUGAAAGUGGAGGUGGACAUUUCCUGUAGCGGAGAUGGAGCCAUCAGUCUCCAGUUAAACCAGCUCCUAUUGGCCCUUCCUAGUCUCCUCCUUCUGAAGUACAUCUCAUAAGCACAUGACGGGCUCACUCUUACAGAAGAAAGGUGUUUGUGUCCAUCCAUGCAUAUAUGUUCAGAUAUUUAAAAAAAUAUUUUCAAGUGUCAUUUGCUUCUAAAAUAAUCACUAUUUUUGCAAAAAAAAAAAAA